AUGCGCAAGGGAACCGCCGCCCUCAAGCGUAAGCAGGUGGCACAGCUGCGACAGCAUCACCAACAGCUACUGGCCGCCGCUCCGGAGCUCGCGCUGGCAUCAUCCUCGCACCUGGCUGCGGCCCUGAUCUCGUCGGCCGUGGCAUUGAGCACCUCGUCCGCGAGCCUUGUAAAUAAUCAUCAACACAGCCAUAUGCAACAACAGCAGCAACCGCAGGCGCCUCAGACGCGCCAUCAUCACCAUCAGGCAACAUCUCACAGGCAUCACCACCACCACCACCACUCACAUCACCACUCGCACCCCCACCAUCAUCAGUGUCGCUCGAAACGCAAACUGCAAAAAUUGUAUUAUACGCUUUGCCGUUAGAUCAGUAACUUAACUAUAUCUAUGUAUACUUGUAUGAGAGAAAGUUUCUUAGAACCACCAGCAUCAGCAGCACCUAGCUUAAGUCAAUUCGCACACCCCACAAGUCCAUUUUAACUGAGUUCAGUCUUUCUUACCCCCUUUUUUUUGUAUAUGUUUUUAUUUAUUUCCAUUUUUUGUCUAAUUACACGUCUCAUUUUUAUAAUUGGCCCUUAACUGGAAGAACAAUCUCAUCAGUGCAAUAAUAUACAUAAAUCUAAAAAUAUAUAUACAUUUAUAUAUGCUGAUUUUAAAAUCAUCUCUUAUUUUAUACAAACACUCCAACUAUUUAUUUGUAAUUGAAAAAGAUUUGUGAUCGCGCACAUGAUAUAAACUUCGUAGAACAUCCACUGUAUUUGUAGCGUGUCUCAAGCAAUUCUCUUCUUAAGUACCCCAAGGAAUUUAUAUAUCAUCUGCACACUCACAUUAACCUAAACGGCCUAGAACACAUCCCACAAAGCCCUCUGAUUAAGUAUUACUUAGCGUAAGUUAGCUUUACUUUAAGUUGCAACUGGCAAGAAAACACAACAAAAUGUACUUUACUUAGGUCGAUCCUCAGUUUUGAUAGCAAACUGGGGGGAAAGUAUCAAAUUUGUGAGACGAGACAAUCUUCUCGUCCAGGCAUAGUAUACGUAGUUUUUUCUGAUUGUGCUGGGCAAGUCAAAGAAGUACUCAAUGCGAAUAAAGUGAAUUUUGACAAGUCAGAUUCGAAAAAAUAAUUGUAAUGGCGCGCGUUCCUUAAUCUAUAUAUGUAUAUCGAUAUGGAGAUCAUUACCGCUUCCGCUUAUCCAACAGACAAGAAAAAAACAUGAAACCGAGUGAAUCCAAUUAAACUUAUAGUGCAUAGAAGGGAAUAAUUACACAACAUUUCGUACCUUUGUAGAAUUUGCAGUUCAAAAUUGCUUUAGAGUUCGUCGGUGUAAAUUUUAUGGAUUAAAAUGCACAACAAUUUUUAGGCAAGAAACCUAUUAACUAAAAUUACAGAUGUCAUACCACAUAAAUGUGUAUGUAGAUAUAAAUUGAACAUUAUAAAUGAAAACACUUGCGAAUUUGAAACCAAAAAAAUGUCAACAAAAUCAAGAAAAGUCUAAUAGAGUUCCCAAUGUAAAUCUACUGAUUUUUGAGAGUCUGGAAAUAAAAAUGAAUAAGCAUAUAUGGAUAAAACAA